CCGCGGGGCAGCGCCCGCCGCCUGCGGCCGUGCCGGCAGGGCCCGCCCCCCGAUCCGGGUACCGCCGCCCCCCGUGCCGCGGCGGGAGAGCGGCGGGGCCGCGCCCGGCCCGCACUCGCUCUCGCUCCCUUUUCCGGACCGGCCCGCCGGAGAGCGCAGACAUGUCUCCCUUCGAAAAUAAAGGACUGAUACUGGGCGUGAUGGCAGGGACGGCCGGAAUAAGCCUGAUGCUGAUUUGGUACCGUAAGAUUCGAAAAUUCGGUGCAGCCGAGUGUGUGCCUGCGUUCCCAGAUGUAGGUGACAGGCUUAACUCUGUGGGCUUGCAAAACGAAGCUCCUAACGAGCAAGGAGCAGUGAUGGUUUUACAUGGAAGGCAACUGCAGAUACUAGAAAAAUUGAAUGGCUUGCUAGUAAGCGUGGACGAACUGAAGAGAGAGGUGAAAUUUCUGAAAGAAGCUAUUCCAAAGCUUGAAGAGCUGGUUCGAAAUGAGCUUCAAGGGAAGGGAGAUAUUCAGAGAGUUAGCCCAUCACACAGAGCAACAAAACGGAGAAAAGCUGAGACAUCUUCUGGUGCACCAGAAACUACCAGCUCUGAGGAGGCAGAAAGUGAAGGAGGUUAUCUUACAGCUCAUACUGAUUCUGAAGGAGACUCUGAGGAAGAAAAGGGAUGUAUCGAAUCACCCGAUGCCAUUGUAAAAUCAGAAGAAGGGGAGUUAUUUAAUCUUUUAGAGCAGGUAGACAAUUUGCACAAGGGUUCAGAAGAUGAUAAAAAGGAGGGCUUCAGGCUGCUGCUUGAGAAAGAUGACAAGUAUGAAAACUGUGUGGACUUUCUUUGGAGACUUGCACGUGCUUAUGGAGAUCUGUUUGAGAUGACUGCUGAUGCUGAGGAGAAGAGGAAAUAUGUAACUGAUGGAAAGAUCAAAGCUGAAAAGGCUGUUCAGCUGGAUGCCAGGAGUGCUGAGAGUCACCAAUGGUUUGCAAUUAUGUGUGGCUAUAUGUCUCAGUUUGAAAGUGUACAAAACAAAAUCAGGAAUGGUUAUCUCUUUAAGGAGCACCUAGACAAAGCAAUUGAACUUAAGCCUCAAGAUCCCUUUUUAUAUUACCUAAAUGGAAGAUGGUGCUAUUCAGUAGCUCAGUUGUCUUGGAUUGAAAAGAAAGUAGCUACUGCUCUCUUUGGGACUCCACCAACUUCAACAGUAGAAGAAGCGUUGCAGAAUUUCCUUAAGGCUGAAGAAAUGCAUCCAGGAUAUUCCAAAUGCAAUUAUGUGUAUUUGGCAAAGUGCUAUAAAGAUCUUGGCCAGAGAAAUAAUGCACUGAAGUACUGUGAUUCUGCGCUGUCAAUUCUCUCAGUUACUAAUGAGGAUAAAGAGGCCCAGAAAGACUUAGAGGCUUUACUUCUCACACUGAAGCUGUGACACGUCGCACUUUUUAACUCUUCAUGCUGUUAUAAAAUUGCAAAACUAAAAUGAGACAUCUGUAGUGACUGGGAACUGCGACUGAAUUCCAGCUAAGUCAAUGGGAAAACUGUCAUUGAUUUUGGUUGGCUUGGAUCGUGGCCUUUAAGCAUCUGGCAAUUGUGAUAUGAAAAUGAUGAAUUAAUUUUUGAUUAUUUAUAAUCUUGUACUGAAGUUUAAUUUUAGAUUGCUGACACUGUGAGUCUGAUUCUCUGAACAUGAAGUCCACUGCUGGCAAUGGACAUACUGGGGAUUAGAAUGCAAAAUGCUUAAAUCUCACUCUUUGAAAGAUUAAUCGACUAGUAUGUGAUGCCAGCAUAGAAUCGUGUGUAGCAAAAACAAACAAACAGAUGUUUCUAUAGUAAAUUAUAUUUGUAUCAACUAAUUUGCACAGAUCUGUACAGAAGAAAAUCAUGAAUGUUUAUGUUUACACAUUUCUCUACUCUUAUAAAAUUAGUAUCUUGUUAAAGAAAAAGCUGUUGCCUCUGCAGAGUUCUUUUUACUUUAAACCUUUUGGGUUUACAUGGAAAUGUGAAAACUUUACAAAUUAAAUAUUGAAGUUAUAUUUUAUUUGUAACAUCAAGUACAAUAUUAAAAAUCAGACCAAUGAAAUCCAGUGGUUUAGAUUAAUCUAUUACAGCUGUGAUGUUUAAUGGAUUUGUUACAGGAUGUCCACAAGUUUGUGAAUCCUAGCUCUUUCUCUUCAAACAGUUGCCUAGCAUGGUAGCAUCAGUGUGUCUUCAGAGAACCUAGUCCAGCAUUUGAUCGUCACUAACGUUUUGUAUCAUCUCUAUAACAUAACCUGUACAUAAAAAUAAGCUAAUUAGAGACCUACUACUUCUAUCUGAGUGUGUAGGACAGCAAAGUUUCCAGUAAAGUGGAACAGGUAAGGAAAGGAUUUUGUUCACCAGUGGACCGAUCCAGAAUUCACCAAAGUCUGUAGAAGAAUAAAGGCUAGUUUUCCAGUUUUCAUUGGCUUUUAAUUCAGGGUCUUAGUCUUGAUGCAGGGAGUGUAUCUGGAAGAAGUAAACAUUUCUGUUAAAGGAAAUACAAUUGGAUAAGGGCAACUGUACAUUCCCUUGACCUGUUUGAUGCGUAAGAUAACAUGGACCAGUUUAUGGCUAAGACAAGGACGAGUCAUGACACCUAUAUAUGGAACUAGCGUUUUAGAUAGAUGGGGAGCACUGAAAUUAGCAAGUAAGAACUGAAGUCGCUGCAACAAAGAUCUAAAAAUUGGGCAGAUGUGAAGGAGUGUAUACACAUACAACUGAAGUAUGUCAUAGUAAGAGUGAGCCGUAACUACUAACAACAGAAGGUAAUAGGUGCAGUAGACUGGAAGAAGACAAAUGUUUAGAGUUACAUUUGAAUUUAACCUGACUCCAUGACUCAUAAAGUACAGAGAUUUCAGAAAGUGGGGCUGUCCAUUUUUUCAAACAUUUUCUUUAAAAAUAUCUUUUCAGACAUGCAACCGUUACUGUGAGAGAUCACUGAAAAAAAUCUGAGAGUUCAGAACUGGUUCUGAGUUCUCACUGUUAUCUUCAUGGUUUUCAUUAUCCUGAAGAUCUUUACAAAUUGAAAUACGCAUUUUAGUUGUUUUUAAAGUUCAUUCUGAGGAAAAACAGUUCCCAUACCUCUUUUUCAAUUCCAGACUUUGCUUUUUUUCAUACACAAUUUCAGAGAAAAGGAGAAAUGCCAUAUGAGAUAAAUCCUACCAAAGAAUUCCUUCAGUGACAGAAUAACUGAGUUGUGAACAGAGAAGCUGCAAAGGUGGCGCAUCUUGAUUUUGGUAAGGGCUUUUGGUAGAGUUUGCUUUUGACAUUUCCAUAGCCAAUGUAGGAAGCAUAGUUUAAAUUAUCUACGAGAAUGAUUUGUACUUUGGGUUGUUCUUGGCAUUUCACUAUCACCUAGGAGGAUGUAAUAAGGAGGCCUUUACUUAAAUCAAUUUUAUGUUCAUUGAUACACUUUAUAAAAUAGGUUGGAUUAUGUAAUAAAUAUUUAAUUUUCAAGCAA